GUGGAGGAGGAGGAGGUGGAUGUGGAGGAGGGGAGAUGGAGAGCCGCGUGGAUAAGUGUGUAAAAAAGAGCACUCGCCAGUCAUUCACUUUUGUUAAGUGAAGCAGCAGAUUGAGAACGAAGCCGUGUGGUCGGAAAACAACAGGAGAAGUUACAUUCUUAUAAGUGGCCCGUCUCGUUUUACUAAUCUGAAUAAACUUUACUCGUCACCACAGGUAUUUAUUAAAACUCCAGCAGAUAGAAAAGAUGACGGCCGUCGAGAGUAAAGAGGAGAUCAGUGAUACUGACAGCGGGAUUAUCCUGCACUCUGGUCCAGACAGCCCCACGUCACCGGUGAAGGACCUGACCACCCACACCAGAGCCCUGAAGCUGAAGCACCAAUCUCUGGAGGAGCGCCUGGAGCUCUGCCUGCUGGAGCUCCGAAAACUCUGCAUCAGGGAGGCAGAGUUGACCGGCACACUGCCCUCAGACUAUCCUCUGAUGCCAGAUGAGAAGCCACCUCGUGUUAGACGGAGGAUUGGGGCUUCGUUCAAGCUGGAUGAGGGUCUGAUCCACCUGAAUAAACAGGAUUCAGAGCUGCAGUCCCUGGAAACUGGCUUGGCUCUGCAGCGGCAAAUUUACGAGGCGGCCCGCAAACUCUCGCUCGAAGGGAACCUCAGCAAACCACAGAAGAAGAGCCGGCUGCAGCAGUGCAAGAGGGAGGAGAAGAAAGUGAAGGAUCUGCAGGAGGCCGUGUACCAGCACAGGAUCAAGAGUGAAUGCAACUCGCCCUGCGUCACCACCUCCAGCAGCCAAUGCAAAGAUCUGAACAUGUCUGACGACAGCUCCCUCUCUGAUGUUGUGGCUCUGGAUGAAGAUGUGGACUCUCCCAGCCCGCUCUCACCGCCAGUGUUGGGCACUUCCUAUUCAGACCCGCUCCAGCUGUCAGCCAAGGCCCUGCAGUCUUCCCAUCAGUCCUCAAGCCAGCUCAGCGUGGAGUACGAGCGCUCCCCCAUCCAGAACUCUCCGUGGAAAGAGUCCAGUCUGGACCAGCCUUACCAGAAGGAAGCAAAGCAUCAGUCUGCUUGCAGCAGCAGGUCCAGUAGUCCAGUUGGAAGCCAGCUGUCUGUAGAGAGCAGCAGGAUUCCUCUCACCCAGUUUGUCAAGAACUCAGCCCUGCGUAACAGCCACUCUACCAGCGCCCCCUCCACUCCAGAGCUGCUCGUACGCCGACAGUACUCCCAGUCCUUCAGACUUCCCAAGAAGAAGCCGUCUGCUGACGUGGAGCACCUCGGCUCAGAGAGCAGCCGGGGGCGAGCCAGGCUGCCCCAGCGGCGCUGCCUGGCCGACUUCAUGGUGCGUUCUCCGGAGUACUCCCCCCUGCGUCCUUACCAGUCGAGCUCCGAGGACAGCAGCUCAGAGCACUCGUCCUCCUCCUACAUCGGCUCCCCUGGCCGGGACGGACCCAGCGAGAUCCCCAAGCUCUGCCCCCCUCCUUACGGGUUCCACUUUGGAGCACAGAAGAAAGGACUGUCCACUGUCCCCAGUCCGCACAAGAACAACAGCCAGGCUCAGUCCAGCCCCGUGGCGAGGGGGGCCACCACAGAGGACGGCCUCCUCUCGCCGCAAGACGUGGUGGACAUGGCGAAGUGCUUCCUGUCCCCCCCUUUGACACGCAGCCUUCAGCAAAGACAGCAGCAGGAGGGAUCGCCUUCCCCGAGGGGCAUCCUCAAGCCCCCUCCGCCGUACACCAGGCUGGUGCGAACGCCGUCACUGAAAGAGUACCCCAACCACGCCAUCAGGCUGAUGCCCCGGGAGAUUGUGUCGGAGGAGCUGAAGUCCUGGCACCAGAGGAACCAGCUGCAGAAGUUACGACCAAGCUGCGAGGAACAGCAGAGCUCCAUGAACGUCACCAGCCCCACCUCGCCUUACCUGCCUCCAUUCACACAGGGUAUGGGUAAUGUGAUCCUCCAGAGAGCCGCAGACGGGACUCCACUCCAGUGGUUCGUGGCUGAGGACGCUGAAAUCGUGAGCCAAGUGUAGCGACUCCUCUGCAGCACGUCGGGUCGUUCCUUUCUAUUUAUCUCUGUAUUUAUUAAGUCUUUGGACUCUCUGUGAGAUUGUUUGAUGACGCGAUGCAGAAAACGUGGACCUAUCUCUACCGGAGUCGGUAAUUAAUUUAAUAGUUAUUGUAAGGUGGUAUGCCAGUUUUAUUUAUUUUAAGUUACUUCUCUAUGGAUCUGGUGUGAUCUGAGGCACAUAUUUGUGUCGAACGCAUCACAAACUCACUGUUUCUUUGUGGCUGGCACACAAUUUUGCACAUAGAAGUCACUCACAAGAGAUAUCAAAUAAGUUCUCCCACUUCUAAUAUAAUUUUUGACAUUAUAUUUUAUUUAUCUUUUAUUUAAAGUUCCCCCAUUACAAGAUAGACUUAUAACUAAAAAAAAAAAUGAAACACCUUUGAUUGCUUUUUUAAGAAAAAUAUGCAGUAUAUAUAUUAUAUAUAGUUAAAAUUUAACAUCUGUCUAGCCAUGACGUGACGUAAGUCUUUUUCUAUUAACUCUGAAUAAUUAAUCACUGAUGCCUUUAAUGGUGGUUUGAUGAAUGUUUUUAAUGCAGUAUGGUGUGUUUUCUUACUAACCAAGUGAUUGUAUCAGUUUUUGUAUAUUUAUAAUAAAGAAUA